AUGGAUGAAUCUAAAAGUGGUUUUUAUCAAUGUAAAUUGUCUAAUAGUGAAGCAGGACCUUACUUUAUUGAACUUAUUAAUGAUACUAAAGAGCUGAUCAUUGAUAUGAACAACACUAAUAUUUUAAAUUAUACAACAAGUGGAAAAAUAAUUUUAGAGGAUAUAAAUUUAAAAAUUUGGAGUCAAUGGACUCAAUGGUCGUUAUGUAGCAAAUGUGAAGUGAUGGGCAAAAGAAAUAAAUUUGGUCAUUGUACAGUAUCAUUAAAAGACAAUAUAAUUCAUGAAAUAAAUAUUAAACAUAAAAAAUACAGGAAGGAAAUACAAGUCUUAGAAAGAUUAAUGGCUGCUUUUGAUACUGGUUUACCAUGUGAGAGUAGUCUACUAAAUUUAUUCGGUUAUUAUGGUAUUAUAAUAAUGAAUAAAGCAAUAAGAGUAAUGGUUGAACAAUGCCAAGUAAAAUGUAAUAAAGAUAAUUUAUUUGAGACAAAAGAUACACAGGGGAAUAUUAAAGAAAAAGUUAAUAACUCUGCUGGUAUAUAUUCACCACUGCAAAGAAUUCCUGAAAUGCCACCUAAAGUAGAAACUUCAGUGAUAGUUACUUUUAUAAACGAACAACUAAAUAUUACAUGCCCUGGGAAUUUAAAUUCAGAUGCCCCAUAUGAAUGGAAAGUAAAAGACCAGAUUAUUUUAUUAUCUAAUGAGCGAAUAACAGUAGAUAUAUUAAAUAGACUAACUAUAAAAAAUAUAACUGAAGAAGAUGAAAAAAUAUUUACAUGUUGGCAAAUUGAUGACCUAGCUGGAAUAGUAAAGAUAAAAUUAAUUAAAGGAUUUAAUAUUUCAAAUCAAAAAGAUAUAUAUUUUUAUGCGGUUUUUGUUGUCUUAGGGAUUUUUGUAUGGGUUGGGCUUAAAAUGUUUUUUGAUAGAGAAGCAGCAUAUUCUAAGUAA